AUGGCCAUCGGCUCAAAGGUCGCUUUUCAGAAUCGCGCAGCUGAACUUGGAAUUGAAGAAGCUGACAUUGAAGCUUUGGCAGACAAAGGAAUCAACAGUUACGCAACAUAUGCUUAUUGCUGUACUUUUCAACCUGGUCAGACUGAUGACACUGCUUUGACAAUUUUUUUGACAACAGCUCUUGGAGCAGCCCCGCACGCUGCUUCUUCUACCAGGUUUCGCAGGCUGUUCUUUGAGGCCCAUGCCCUUUCACUGGAGGAUCUUAAAUCACGUGCUGACAGGUCGGAGUCCAGUGAGGCAAGGGUUUUACCUUUAGCAGAGAAAAUGGAUCGCAUCAGACAACAGCAGUUGAGGCUCAUUGGAAUCAGCUUCACACCGCAGAAUGAGCCAUCACACUCUUUGAUUGACAAGGUAUGCCAACAGCUCGAGGACAAUGUCGUAACUUACAUCGACCUGAGCAGGUGUUCAUCAAGACACGAUGAGGCCCUGCACUCAAAAGUUGACACGACGCUGGCAUUGGACAGCUCUGGUGGCUUGCGGCUUAGCAAGAAACAAAAGCUUGAUGAUGUGAACGUAACAGGUGAACACAAGAUGCGUCAAGCCUUUCUUCGACGCUCACUGGCAUACGACUUGGCAGGAAUUGCAACAUUCUCAGUGCUUGAUUUGUGGACUCAGAAGUUAUUUGAAAAGAUGAAUGAGGCACCUCUGGCUAACUUCAGGCAUGUGAGCAUGGAGCAGGCCAUCAACGCUGACAAGGCACUUUGGGUCAAAGUUUCAAGUGAGACACGUGGAAAACUGCAGCCAAAAACUGGCAUGGAAAAACCCUUUGACGCAGACUUCACCAAGUUCGCAGAGCACCCUGAAGUCCUACAACACUUGAUGCCCCUUCAAAGUCAGGGUGGAUACAGGUCAGAUAUGAACAAUUCAGCUACGCCAAGCGCAAAAGGAAAAGGUGCUCACCAAACUGGCGGCAAGGGAAAGCCUUCAAAGGGCAAAGGAAAGGCAUCUACGGGCAUCACAGUGCCCGACGAUUGUGAGCAAACAGCUUUGCAAGCGAUGGCAAAUCGGUUUACCUUGCGGAACGUGCUCGCGGGCACGAGAAAGGCCGAUGACGGCAAAGCUAGGCAGUGUGUCCUCAAAACCACACUCAUGCGUCCUGGCAGCCGUACAAAACAAUACCCCGCCUUGUUGUGCAAUCGAGUGGCCGCUUGCGUUUCUGACGUGGCAAAAGCGUUGGGGGUUGUUCCGCGGGUGUCAUCUCGGCUGAAAGACUUGCUGAAGCUGAACCUGGGACAACAGACGGUGAGACACCCACCAUUGAUACCGGAAUACAAAGAGUACAUCCACUCUGCAACAACAAUGUCAGACCCUGCUUACAAGCUGCGCGCUGCUCCUCCAGUCACGGGGGAACAAACCACUGAGCAGCAUGACAGCCAAGAGAGUCCUAGCAAGCGUGCCAGGACAACUUUCAAAUAUGGAGUGUGGCACAGUCCUGAAGAAUUUUUGCAGAAAGCCACACACGUUUUGCACCCCAUGGAUCACGAUUCGGUUUUACACCCCAUAACCACUGACGCAAUUCACAAAGUGGUGCAUACAUGUCCCACGAAACUUGCAAAAGAGAGAUUGGCCUCAGUCUUCAAAGUUCGCAAAUUGUCAGAAGAGCUGACCCAGGCGGAAUGUGAACUGAAAGACACCAUGCAUCCUGACGUACGGAAGUGUGUGAAGUCCAAAAGGAUUGCCUUGUUUGAGUGCCUUCUUGCGCAGCUUGACUAUUGGGACAUGGACGUGGUGAACCUCCUGAAGCAUGGGGUCCCUCUGGUUGGCUUGCAGCCAGCGCCGAAGGGAUAUCAAAAACACUUAGUGCCAGCUAGCAUGAUGGAGGAUGAGCUUGUACAAUCUGCAAAGUGGCGUCGCAAGGCCAUCGUGGCUGGAGCACGGCGCAUGACCAGAGAUGAGCAGUCGUCGUUGCAGGAAACUACAGCUGCUGAAGUUGAAAGGGGCUUUUUGCAAGGCCCUUACACUGAAGAUGAGAUGACCGUUCUUUUUGGCUCUGAAAAUUGGACUCUCAACCCUAGGUUUGUUCUUUUAGCCAACAACAAGGUGCGUGUCAUUGACGAUGCCAAGCAGGGCUCAGUUAACGCUGCAUACUCACCAACGGUGAAGUUACAACUGCAAGAUGUCGACUAUGCUGCGGCCAUGGUCAUUCAAAUCAUGCGAGAGUUGGCAAGCUUGGAUGACAACAUGUCUGGCUGGUAUGGCAAGACUUUCGACUUGAGCAAGGUUUUCCAGUGGACGGAGUCUGGAGGUUUUACAAAAGCAUUGCCCUUCCUUUUGGCUGCACGGGUAAGCGUUUAUGGUUUUGUGAGGGUGUCUCAAGCCUUGUGGUUUUUGACGUCCAAGCUUCUGCAUUGCAUCACUUCGCAUUACUUUGACGAUUUUCCAACGCUGGAACGGAUCGAUGGAUGCAGAGUCCUGACUUUGGAUUUCAGUGCCAUCCUGGACUUGCUUGGCUGGGAACAUGCAAAAGAGGGCGACAAAGCUGUCAACUUUGCAAGUGUUUUCGACCUUUUGGGAGUGACCUUCGACCUCAGUGCAGUUCAACGCCAGACCUUGACAAUAACCAACAAAUCUAGUCGCAUAGAUAAACUAUGUAAGAUGUUGGAUGAGGUUGAAGCAGCCCGCACCAUAACAGCUGCCCAUGCCAGUGAAAUUCAAGGUCUCCUCAACUUUGCGGUCAGCUUUUACAUGGGUAGGGGUCUCAAACACCUGGUCUCCGCAUUCAUGCCUUUUGCAGAGGGUCAGCAGUGCAAAGAUGCUGAUGAACUUGUGAGUCUUUGUUCAUACGCCAGAACCAUGCUGCGAGCGCAAAAACCACGAGUGCAUUCCACUUUGGAAUCAAACCGGCCGAUCCUGAUCUUCACUGACGGUGCGUACGAAGAUGGUGUGGCCACUGCGGGAGCCGUAGUAGUUGAUGGGUCACAACGUCAUGCGUACGUUGUCACAGUGCCCGAUGAACUUGUGAAGCUUUAG